UUAGAGGGGAACGGGUGCUGUUUCUAGGAAUGUUUUUUUCCCUGCUCCUUGCAUAUGUUGUAAGUGGGCUUGCAGUUAUGAUAGAUUUUGAGCAAAGACAUACAAAAAUAUCUGAAACAGAGUUAAUGCAAGUAAUUUCCAAACUUGUGAACCUUGGCGUUUUUGUUUCAGAUUAUUUGCAGCAAAUUUUAAUGACUAGAGUUGUGGGUUCCGAAAAUCAUGAAAGAGUGAAGAACUUUAUAGUUGACAAAUUGGAAGAGCUAAAGUGGACUGUAGAAGUGGACGCUUUUACUGCACUUACGCCUUUGGGUCGAAGAAACUUUAGUAACGUGAUAGCCUCAGAAAACAUAUACAGCCCUCGAAAACUCGUGUUGGCUGCUCAUUAUGACACUAUUAGUGUGAAAGGAGGUUUUUUACUACAUACAGAGCUUUUAACUGGCGCACCACCGCUCUUCAUAGGAGAAUAUAUUGGAGCCACGGAUGCUGCCGUUUCCGUGGCAAUGCUGUUGUACGUGGCUUCAGUUAUAAACAAAAUUUCAAGAGGUCCAAAGGAUGAAUUGUCUCUGCAGCUUAUAUUUUUUGAUGGUGAAGAGGCAUUUUUGAGCUGGUCCAGUACCGAUAGUCUUUACGGCUCAAGGCAUCUGGCUGGAGAACUGGAAAAAAAACGCGUUCCUUGCAGAAAUAGCAAGGCUUGUACCCAUCUGAAACCGACUCAGCUUCAGGCAAUAGAACUUUUUGUCCUCCUGGACUUGCUCGGCGCCGCUGAUCCUCAGUUCUUCUGUACCGACCGUACUUCCUUGCGUUCUUUUAUUGAGUUCUCUAGAAUCGAAUCCGUCCUAAAGACUAACGGGCUACUGGAUAAGCAUACAACAUCUUAUUUUCAAAAUCCCCACAUCACCUAUUAUGACAAUAAAAUUCAGGAUGAUCAUAUACCUUUUAAAGUGAGAAAUGUUUCGGUGGUUCACUUAAUUCCCGUUCCUUUUCCUCAAGUUUGGCACACACUUUCUGACAAUUUUGAAGCACUAGACCUCCCGACCAUCUCCAAUCUUCUUAAAAUUCUGAUUGGCUAUGUGGCAGAGUACACUCAUUGUUAUAAUGUACCAAAGGGACAAGUUAACCACCAGACAACAUCUCCUCUUCUCAGUUAAUAUUUUUUUUAAGGUAGAGAAGCUUGAAUUGUAGUUUUUCGAGAGGUUGAACUAAGCCAGCAUUAUAGUUGUAUCGACUUCCCUAAUUUUUUCCGCCAUGCGAGUCUUUUUCCAAUAAAGUUUCUUCUCAAUAUACACCGCUUAUUGAAAGUCUAGACUCUUCUAUAGCAGCAUUGAGUGAACAGAUAUUACAAGAGUAUGUGUCUUCGCUUCAUCACCAGCGUCGUUGUUUUGGGUUUUUUUUGCUUUCAAGUAAACUGUUUCAGGUUUCUGCAUUUUUUGUUAUCGGGUAUCGCUGGUAUUUUUAAAG